AUGAAAUUAUACAUACAAACCAUUCAUUUAUCAAUACUAUCCUUACUACUUAUUUUCGCACAUGGGACUAAUUCUAGUCAAUCUAAAAAUAUCACUAUCAAUCCUAAUAUACCUAAAGUCAUUUCUAUCAGCAAUAUCAAAUCAUUCACUGCCAAGGCAAAUGCGAUAACUACAACCAAAAACAUUUCUCCUACUUUCAAAGCCAAUGCAAUCACUAAGACCAAAGUCUCCUUCUCCCAUUCUGUUAAAGUAAAUGCAAUCACUAAGCCCAAAGCCUCCUCCCAUUCUGUUAAAGUAAAUGCAAUCACUAAGACCAAAGCCUCCUCCUAUUCUGUUAAAGUAAAUGCAAUCACUAAGACCAAAGCCUCCUUCCAUCCUGUUAAAGUAAAUGCAACCACUACGACAAAAGCUACCUCCAUUACCUUCAAAUUCAAUGCAGUCCCUACGACCAAAGCAAUCGUUACUGAUAACAUCACCACGGCUAGAAUAACUAAUACAGAAUCAGCAACUAGCACAACUGCAACCAUUAGUCUAGUAAUUGCAGCUUUCGCAACAGAUCCAGUUACCUUUACAACUUCUACAGAUUCAACAACUAACAAAACUGCAGUAAUUGUAGCUAUCAACACAGACCCAGUUACAACAAAUUCAAUUGCAAUGCAUCCUUCUGUAGAUUCAGAAACUAGCAUAACUGCUCUAACUACCACUGUUCAUCCAGUAAUUGCAGCCAUAUCUUUAAAUUCAGUUACUACUACGGCUGCAAUAAUCAAUGCAGAUUCAGCAACAAAUACAACUUCAAUAGCUGCCACCACUGAUUCAGUUGCGGAUACUGUUGCAAUAGCUAAUGCAGAUCCAGCAACUAAUACAAACUCAAUAGCUACCGCCACCACUAAUCCAACAAUUGCAACUUCCACCGCAGAUCCUGUUAUCACUAUGACUGUAAUAGAUUCAAUAGUUAACACAACCGCCACCACUGAUCCAAUAAUUGCUGCUACCAACACAGGUACAAUUACUGUAACAACAAGUUUUACUAGUAUAGCCACAAUAACUGCCGCCAUGGAUCCAGUGAUUGCAGCCAUCGCCACAGAUCCAGUUACUACUAUGACUGAAAUAGAUAAUACCGAUUCAAUUGCAAUGCAUCCUUCUGUAGAUUCAACAACUAGCAUAACUGCUCUAACCACCACUGUUCAUCCAGUAAUUGCAGCCAUAUCUUUAGAUUCAGCAACAAAUACAACUUCAUUAGCUGCCACCACUGAUUCAGUUGCGGAUACUGUUGCAAUAGCUAAUGCAGAUCCAGCAACUAGUACAGCCUCAAUAGCCACCACCACCACUAAUCCAACAAUUGCCACAGAUUCAGUUAUUAUUAUGGUUGCUAAUACAGAUUCAGCAACUAGCACAACUACAAUAGCUGCCAACACUGAUCAAGCAAUUUUUGUGCUAACCAAUAAAGAUUCAAUAACUAGUACAAUUUCAAUAGCUGCUAAUAUUGAUCCAGUCGUUACAGCCACAGUUGCAGAUUCAGUUACUACCACAGAAACCACAAUUGUUACCACCACUGAUACAGUAAUUGCGGUUAUCGCCACAGAUCUAGGUACUAAUAUGACCACAAUAACUAACACAGAUUCAGCAACUAGCACAACUGCAAUAGCAGCUAUCGAGGGAGUUACCAAUACUACUGCGACAGCUACACCAAUUAUUACUCCUACUCCCUAUUGUUGUAGACCUAAUGAUCCAGGUUAUGGAUAUUCACACGCUGCAGCUUAUAGGAUGAAUUUUUAUACUAAAACAUCAUUAGAAUGUUGUAUAGCUUGUAUCAAUGAUGAUGAAUGUCUUCAGUGGUUCUUUGACCAAAAUAAUUAUCUUUGUUGGUUUUCUAUCAUGUCUUUAAAUUUAGAUGGUGUCUGUGAACAAAGAUACACAUUACUUCGUUACUAUGAUGGUGGAAUUAUGAGAUGUUCAACCGGUUGUAUGCCAUAA